AUGUCUUACCAACGAUUAGCUACUUUCGACGGCGAUGCCGUUCAAAAUAACAGCAAUAUAUCAAGUUCAAAGGUUUUGAAGGACGGUCGAUCCAGCUUUCGUGUGAAAUCAAUCUUCACUCGCAUACUUGCGGCCAUCGCAAUCAUUUAUUUCGCACUUGCUGGGCUUCGAUCGCUCAAAUCAUCUUCUUUGCGGCUCGGAUGGCCCUCAUGCCACAGGAACUCUUCUCUGAAGUCUGGACUUGGAACUCUUCCUUCUCAUUUUGAUCUUCCUUCAGGUGAUAGAAUCCCAUCUGUUGCGCUCGGCGUAUGGAUGGCCGGAAAGGGCGAGGUUGGCGCGGCUGUUAAGACUGCUCUGAAAGCUGGCUACCGCCAUAUUGAUGGCGCUUGGGCUUAUCGCAACGAGGAAGAAGUUGGUAAGGCUAUAAAAGAAAGCGGUGUUCCGUGUACCGACAUUUGGAUAACUUCAAAGCUUGCGAAUAAUUUCCAUGCUCCUGAAGACGUCGAGCCAGCUCUAGACGAAUCUCUAGAUGCACUAGGUACUGAAUACCUGGACCUAUAUCUAGUUCAUUGGCCUAUUGCGUUCAAGAAGGAAACAGGCACCUACGACCCCGAACUAAGUGACAACCCCUACCCGACUUGGCUGAAGCUCGAAGAGAUGGUCGAGAAAGGGAAAGUAAGGAAUAUCGGGAUCAGCAACUUUAACAUAAGACGAAUCCAGAACCUCACAGCAAACCCGCUCAAAGUCAAACCAGCCGUUUUGCAGGUGGAGCUGAGCUUUUGGAAUCCACAACCCGAGCUAGUCAAGUGGGCAAAAGAAAACAAUCUGCCUGUCGAAGCAUACUCGCCCCUGGGUGGGAGUGCGCAGGUCAAAGAAACGUUGAAGGAACCUACGAUUAACAAAAUUGCAAACGAGCUCGGCAUGACCCCUGCACAAGUAGUUAUAUCGUGGCACGUCCAGCGUGGUACAAUUGUUCUGCCGAAGGGUGUCACACCCUCACGCAUCAGAGAAAAUCUCGAAAUACGGACACUCCCCGACGAUUUAUUUGAAGAACUUGAAGUCGCUGCCGUUUCGCACGAGCCUAUGCGCACGAUAAACCCAAGUAACGCUUGGGGUCUUGAUUUUGACAUAUUCGAUGAUUGAGCGAUUAUUUUUCCUUCUUGUCUCCUGGUACAAAUCUUGUAUGAAUCUGUAACG